GAGUCGUAAACGUAUCGUACCUCCUAUCGGACUCUUUUUAUUUUUUUGUUAAUUUGUUCAUCACCGACUCACGGGAAAGCUUUUUAUCUUAUCCGAAUCUUUGGCUGUUGUUAAUGUUAAUCGAAUCCAAUCAAAAAGAGUUUGCUGAGAAUUCAACGGUUCCGAUCGAAUGGCGAAGUACGAAGACCUCCCAAUCCCGGUGUUCUCAUCGCUGGAGCCUGUGUACGGCGAGGGGUCACAGCUCGAAGAAGCCCAGCUUCGGUUCCAGAAUUUGAAGUCCAAGUUUCUCGAGGUUUUCGGUCACCCUCCUCACGUAUUUGCUCGCUCUCCAGGGAGAGUCAACUUGAUUGGAGAGCACAUUGACUAUGAAGGUUACUCAGUGCUGCCGAUGGCGAUACGUCAAGACACUAUAGUGGCGAUCCGAAAGCAAGAUAAGGGAGAGGCCGAAAAGGUUCUAAGAAUUGCUAAUGUUAAUGAUAAGUACACCACGUGUACAUAUCCUGCUGAUCCUGACCAGGAAGUUGACUUGAAGAAUCACAAAUGGGGCCAUUAUUUUAUUUGUGGGUACAAAGGUUAUUAUGAAUAUGCUAGAUCAAAAGGAGUGGAUGUCGGUUUACCAGUUGGACUCGAUAUUCUUGUUGAUGGAACAGUUCCUACAGGAUCUGGACUAUCAAGCUCUGCGGCAUUUGUUUGCUCUUCCACAAUUGCUAUAAUGGCUGCUUUUGAUGUGAACUUUCCGAAGAAAGACAUUGCCCAACUUACAUGUGAAUGUGAACGACACAUUGGAACACAAUCCGGUGGAAUGGAUCAGGCAAUCUCUGUUAUGGCCAAAUCUGGAUUUGCAGAGUUGAUUGAUUUCAACCCUAUUCGUGCUACUGAUGUGCAACUUCCUGCUGGUGGGACUUUUAUAAUUGCGCAUUCUCUGGCAGAAUCUCAGAAAGCAGUCACUGCUGCUACAAAUUACAAUAACAGAGUUGUUGAAUGUCGGCUGGCUGCUAUUGUGCUUGCUGUAAAGCUCGGAAUGAAACCACAAAAGGCAAUAUCAAAUGUGAAAACUCUCUCUGACUUUGAAGGGUUGUGUGUAUCAUUUGCCAGUAGUCGUGGCUCUUCUGAUCCUGUUCUCGCUGUCAAGGAAUUUCUGAAAGAAGAACCAUAUACAGCUGAGGAGAUUGAGAUAAUCACAGAGGAAAAACUACCAUCAAUUUUUGGGGAUUCUCCAACUUCUUUGGAUGUGUUGAAAGCUGCCAAUCACUUUAAGUUACAUCAGCGAGCCUUUCAUGUGUAUUCUGAGGCCAAACGAGUACAUGCCUUUAAGGAUACUGUGGCAUCGGAUUUAAGUGAGGAGGACAAGCUGAAGAAGCUUGGUGGCCUUAUGAAUGAGAGCCAUUACAGCUGUAGUGUUUUAUAUGAGUGCAGCUGUCCGGAGUUGGAAGAACUUGUAAAGAUAUGUGGGGAGCACGGUGCCCUCGGGGCAAGGCUUACCGGAGCUGGAUGGGGUGGUUGUGCAGUCGCUUUGGUGAAAGAGAGCAUUGUCCCACAGUUUAUCCUCAAUUUGAAGGAAGGCUUCUACCAAUCAAGGAUUGAGAAAGGGAUCAUUAACAAGAAUGAUCUUGGCCUCUACGUUUUUGCUUCCAAGCCGUCAAGUGGUGCUGCUAUUUUCAGGUUUUAGUAUGCAUCAUUUGUCCACCCUCUUGCUUUUCUUGGGUAGAAAACAGCAAUUUCUGUUAUUUAUGUGAAGACGAAACCAAUUGAAGAUAUUUCCUCCCUCUUCUUUCGGUAUUGGUCCACUAAUAAACUAAAUAAGUUGCAUGCA